CCCGUCUCGCUUGCCAGGGGCUGGGAGGAGGACGCGGGAAUAGGUUCUGUCACGCCGAAAGUGGUGCGAGCCCUCAGGUCGCCCCUCACGCCCCUUCCUCGGGCCGAGAACAGAACAACUGUUAAUAAAAAUGGAAUUUACCAGUUUGAACAGGCUUCAAAAUGUAAGGCAAUUCAGGACAACAUUUUGUCAUCAUCUAUCAAGAAGAAAAGAUAUUCGGAAGAUUAUUAUCUUCACAUAGUCACGAAACUGCAGAACUGCACCUGGAUAAGGAGACCAGAAGAAUCUACAAAGUUCAGGUCAGAAUUAGCUUCCUGCUGUGAUGCAGUUCACAAUUUUAUUGCUUCUCAAAACAACACCCCACUGGGAAGUAACAUGAGUUAUGAAGUGGAUAGUAAAAAGGCCAUCCUCAUUACAGAGGACAUUUUUAAGAUGCUGCCUAUGUCCUCUCCUCUUUCAGUCUAUCCCUUCAAGACCUGUGCCGUGGUUGGAAAUGGAGGCAUUCUGAAAAAUUCCAGCUGCGGAGCUGAAAUCGAUCGUUCUGACUUUGUGUUUAGGUGUAACCUCCCUCCAACCACGGGAAGCAUUAGCAAAGAUGUUGGCAAUAAGACAAACCUUGUGACUGUUAAUCCGAGUAUCAUAGCUCAGAAAUACAACAAACUAAAUGAAAAGAAGACAGAAUUUCUCGAGAAUGUUGCAGUCUAUGGAGAUGCUUUCCUUUUAAUGCCAGCAUUUUCCUUCAGAAGCAACACAGCCACUUCUUUUAAAGUAUAUCACACUCUGCAAGAGUUCAAAGCAACCCAAAGGGCAAUAUUUUUUCAUCCCACCUAUCUGAAAAGUCUUGCCCAGUUCUGGAGAACUAAGGGGGUGAAAGCGUAUCGGUUAUCAUCUGGUUUUAUGAUCACUAGUGCUGCUCUUGAGCUGUGUGAGAAUGUGAAGCUCUAUGGCUUCUGGCCUUUCUCAAAAUCCACAGAGAAGAUGCCAAUCAGCCACCACUAUUACGACAACCAGCUGCCUAAACCAGGUUUCCAUGCAAUGCCCAAAGAAUACAACCAGAUCCUUCAGCUUCAUGGUAAAGGCAUUUUGAAGUUGCAGUUUGGUAAAUGUGAAUCAGACUGAAAAGGGUGAUGAUCCUAAGGAGACAAUUUGUGUGUAUCUCAGCAGUUCGAUACUGGAUUUGAUCUGAUGUGAUUUUGUGAGCAUUAAACUGCAUUAUUACAAUAGAGAAAUACUUUACACUUGGGGAGAAAAGGAAACAAUUUUUUCAGUAGUGACUGCUACAUUUCUGAAUUUUGAGUGAUCAAUUUUUAAAAUACAAAAUAAGAGUUAUUUAGGAAAUUCUGAAACUCCUGACUAUUGGUUUAAUUUUAGCAAAGCACAGUCUCAGGAUGGUGGCAGUAUAUGACAU